UUGCUGUGGCAAAUGCGACUUUGCAGUUUCGAGCACCACCAGGCAGCAGUGGACCGAUUCCACUGUGGAGGAAGUGAAGGAGAGGGAGGACAGCUGGGGCGACUGCCUUGCAUUUCUCUCAUAGGCUUCCUCCAAUGGACUCGUUCGCAUUCUCAUGGAAGCAUUCAACCACGGACUCGAGUCUGUUAUCUGACAUGCUUGCUUUGGUUGGUAAUAUUUUUAUUAGUCUGUUUGUGUUUGGUGAAAAUUGUCAGUGGGAAGAAAUUGGGAGCGGAUUCUACCAUGGCGUACAUGAGGCUUGGUUCAAAAACUGACGUAUUUCAGCGUGAAGGACAAAGAUGGCAAUGCUCAUCUGGCCUCCACAGUGAUGUUAUAAUUCAGAUUGGGGAAACGUCCUUUCAUCUCCACAAGUUUCCUUUGCUGUCCAAAAGUGCACUGUUUGAGAAGCAGCUCGGAAAAUCAGGCAGUAGUGAUGUAUCUGCUUGUGUGCUGGAACUAAAUGAGUUACCCGGCGGAGCUAAAGCUUUUGAGAUAGUAGCGAAAUUUUGCUAUGGUGUCAAAAUCGAGCUUACAUCUGAGAAUGUUGUAAGCGUCAGAUGUGCUGCUGAGUACCUCCAAAUGACUGAAGAGUAUGGUGAAGGAAAUCUUAUUGCAUUAACAGAGACUUUUCUUAGUGAGGUUUUUGGCAAUUGGAUUGACACAAUAAAAGCUCUUGAAACCUGCGACGAAGUUCUUCCACAUGCGGAGAAGCUUCAUAUUGUGUCAAGAUGCAUACACUCCCUGGCAGCGAAAGCCUGUGGUGAUCCUUUGCUUCUCAAUGGCUCUGCAUCUGGAAUCAAUGAGACUAAAAGUACUACCGGUGAUCCAUCUUGGAAUGGUAUAAGCACUGGUACAAAGACACAAGUAAGUGAUGACUGGUGGUAUGAUGAUGUGUCCUUUCUCAGUUUGCCUCUCUAUAAACGCUUGAUCCGUGCUGUUGAAGCAGGAGGCAUGAGGCCUGAAAGUAUUGCUGGUGCUCUAGUGUGUUAUGCGGAGAAAUACAUUUCCCAGAUGACUCGACAACCAAACUCCAAAAAUCCAAGCUCCAGUUCAACAGUUUCCAUCACUUCUGAGGCAGAUCAAAGGGAAAUUCUCGAGGAGAUUGUGGAGUUACUUCCGAAUCAGAAAGGUGUUGUGAGCACAAGAUUCCUUCUCAGGUUGCUCCGAACUGCUAUGGUUCUGCAGGCCAGUCCGUCUUGCAGAGAAAAUGUGGAGAGGAGAGUAGGAUUCCAAUUAGAUCAAGCUUCUUUGGAAGAUCUUUUGAUCCCAAAUGUUUGCAAUUCUGGUGAAACAUCUUAUGAUAUCGAUUGCUUCCAGAGAAUUUUGGACCAGUUUAUGGUUAUGGAGCAGACCUCAGCAGCUGUUUCUCCAUCCAUUGUUGAAGAUAGUCAUGUAAUGGAUGGGACACGCUCCUUAUCAUCAUUGACAAUGGUAGCCGAUUUGGUGGAUGCAUAUCUUGCUGAGGUGGCUGCAGAUGCUAACAUGAAAUUCUCAAAAUUCCAAACCCUUGCUGCAGCAGUUCCAGAUUAUGCUAGGCCAAUUUCUGAUGGUAUGUACCGUGCUCUCGACAUAUACCUCAAGGCACAUCCUUUGCUCACGGAUCCUGAGAGGGAGCAAAUUUGUAGAUUCAUGAAUUGCCAGAAGCUUUCAUUGGAGGCCAGCACUCAUGCUGCCCAAAAUGAGAGACUACCACUAAGAGUUGUUGUGCAAGUUUUAUUCUUUGAGCAGCUUCGGCUGCGAACAUCAAUCUCUGGUUGGUUCAUUGCUUCCAGCAAUCUUGACACCUCUGAUAAUCCCAGUUCAGUUUUUACACACUCCAAGAACGACGGUAGCCACCACAGGGACAGAGUGACUGGCAUGGAAGAUGUGCGAGAACGUGUUAGUGAGCUGGAGAAGGAGUGUCAAAGCAUGAAAGAGGAGUUUCAUAAGCUUGUCAAAACAAGGAGAUUUUGGAACAUAUUCUUCAGGAGAAAAUCACGUCAUGCAAAUUCCAAAUCGCACAGCAAUGGCAAGAUGCAACAACCUCAUGAAAAAUGGCUCUAGCGGUUGAAACGUAAGCACACUGUUUAAUAUUUGAGCAUUCUUGCCCCCUCCGAUGCCUUUAAGUAAUUUUUUUACAUCAAUAAAUUUCAUGAUUUUGCAGAAAAUAAAUAAAAUUAAAAAGACUUAUAGAUAGCCUUGAUUGAAUGUGGCAAGUUUAUCAAGGUUGGAAAUAUUGAAACAUAAUUCAUGUUGUAAGAGGUCAGGCUCAAGAAAGGUUCCAAUUGUUGAAUGGACCAACAAUGAAAGUGGCUAGUGUUGUUCUCAAGGCAAUAUGAGAACUUCCACCCCACAAAACACCCACAUAUGCAGACAGUGAGAUUCAACUGAAAUUGCUGUCGGGGUCCAUAACUAGUUUCCAUUUGGCCUUGAAUUAUCCAGGGCACAUGGCUCUUCCCCCUUAUCCCUGAUUUGCCCCACUACAUUUUUUAUUUAUUUGUUGUUUGGUCUUGUCUUAUUCAUCCCUGAGAAAAUGCCCCCCUAACCUUAUGUUAGUAUUUCCCUCCCUUGUUAUCCAAUUUAGUUGAACACAUGCUUGCACUAGGGAUGGUCCCUCUGUUUUUCCUUUGGGAUUCUGGAACACAUGGUCCAUCCCUGCUGUAGGACAGAAUUUUACCAUUACCUGCCCUCACUAUCCUGUAACUUGCAUCAAUGGAAAAAUAAAUAAAAGAACAGUUAAUUCUUUACAGUUACAAGUGCAAAUGAGUUCUUUCAUGUUGUAAAUAUUGAAUUGCUUUUAAGUAUGCUUGCUAAGCAGUUAUAGUCAAAGAUUUAAACUGUUAAGGGAACCCUUAAACAAAUGUCCAGUGUAUAAAACAACUGAUGCAUGCAUAAUAGUGGGUAUUCCAUUAGAAGCUAAGAAAAUACAUAGUGCAUUUGAUAGUUACACCUUGCAAAACAAACUAAAUUUCAGUGCGGUUGACAAAAUAUGAAGGUAUCAACAUAUAGAGCUCAUUUUCAGAUACAUAUACAAAAGAUCUCCUUCAUAAAAGUAAAAAUCAAGUUAGCUUCUUCAAACGGCAACGUCCACGAUCUAAUGAAUACUUCUGUGCUGCUGCAAACUCAUUUUUUCUCACCUGGACAUGUCAUAUUUUUGUGAGUAUCCGAAUUGUUCCAUCUCCCAGCUCAGCUUUGAAGCAACCCUUUCAUGGCGAGGACAACAGAAUAUAAGUACCUCCAAUUUCUCGACCAGCUCCCUUGCUGUUGGCGCGGAUACUAUUAUGUGUCGAGCACUAGUGCUGAUAAAUCCUUCCUCUACGGCUUUGUCAAUAAAAGAUAACAAGGAAUUGUAGUAUCCAUCCACAUUCAGCAAUCCAACCUACAAAAUACCGUGUCAUCAGGACAAGCAAAAAAGCAGCAGCCCCUCUGAGACAGACAGAGCCAAAGAACCCUAAUUUUCAGUGCAAGAUAUGGGUGAAACAUAAAUUUAGGGUUGCCUCUGUAAUCGUAAUGCUGUGCUACACUGUAGCUUUCUUAGCAUUUUACUCCAUUUGCCACAAAUAGUUUUGCCAACACUAAAUUGAAACUUUCUGUUUAGGUCCAAAGUUCAUUUGAGAAAUUCCCAAGAACUUUCACUUAAA